GCCAUGAAUGGCUUGUUUUGCUAAUGUUUAUCUGCGACGUAUCUCGUAAGAGAGACACACAUUACCCAUAGCUGUGGCCUCAAUUGAAAUUAUUUUCAUACUGUAUCUUUUACCAUUUUGAUAAAUGUAAAACGGAGUCAUGAAUGGGAGUACAAAUCCGCUCUUGGACAAAGAGGAGCAUGUAUUGAAGCUCGGGGAGAGCUUUGAGAAGAGGCCAAAGUCAUCAUUUCACACGAUAAGAUAUGAUUUCAAACCAGCCUCCAUUGACACGAGUUGCGAGGGAGAGUUACAAGUCGGCAAAGGGGAUGAAGUUACCAUCACGUUACCUCACAUUCCAGGCUCCACGCCACCAAUGACAGUGUUCAAAGGGAACAAGCGGCCAUAUCAGAAAGACUGCGUUCUAAUCAUCAACCAUGACACUGGAGAGUUUAUGCUGGAGAAACUCAGCAGCAGUAUCCAGGUCAAGAAAACCAGAGCUGAGGGUAGCAGUAAGAUUCAGGCCAGGAUUGAGCAGCAGUCUGUACGGGCCAGCCAGCCCCCUUCCCAGUUCCGCGCUCCCACCAAGCCCGGCACGGGGACCAAGACCUCCCCCUCCCCCUCGAAGGACAACCCCUCUCCUGAACCCCAGCUGGAUGACAUCAAAAGAGAGCUGCGUGCUGAGGUGGAGGUGAUCGAGCAGAUGAGCAGCAGCGGCAGCAGCUCCUCAGGCUCGGCCAGCGUCUCGGCCAGCGGCGACGACUCCUCCAGCAGCGACGGCGAGCACGACGCCCCGCCACCCCCCGGGGCCCCGCCGCUGCCCCAGCCCUCCCCCAACCGGCCCCCCACGGCCAACGGGGGGGUGGACAGGCAGCAAGGCAGCAACCAGCUGUUGAACACACUCAGGAACGACCUGCAGCUCAGUGAGUCAGGCAGCGACAGCGACGACGACUGAGGGGUCCUCGCUGCUGAGUUGUUGCCCCCCCCCCCUUGCUGGGUCUUCCCUCGUCUACCUCUCACCUUCACAUCGCUCUCUGUCUCUCUUUUUCUCUCUCUGCCUGCUUCCUUCAUUUUGUUGCCAUGGUAACUGACUGGACUUGUAAAGCGCUGCCUGUUUUUAGUGUUUGUUUUUUUUUAUAUCUCCCAAAAGUUUGAAAUUUGAAAGAGUGUAUUUUUUAUUAGCUGUAUAUGUUGUUUUGUAUCUCAAACUUCUUUUUCCACAAUGGCAACUUCGAAAAGUAUAUAGAUGUGUAUGUAUAUAAAAAAGAUAUGAAUGCAUAAUACAUAUUUUCUGUACCUAGACCUCCUAGUUUGGAGGGGCUUAAUUUAAAUAUCACUCCCAUCCUCCCCUGCAGUCAUGUUUUUUCAUGUUUUUAUGGUCAGUCUUUCAAUGUUAAAAGACUCUCACAGAAAUACGAUAUAAAGUAUUAAUGUAGCAUCAGAUGAAUAAUUUCCACAAUUUAGCUCAAAUGUUUUUUUUUGUUUGUUUUUUUACGAUGGAUGAACCUGCCAGUGUUGAUGAAUCAGUUCAUUGAGCUAUACCAUCUAAUUAUUUGAGCCCAAAGACAUGGCAUUUUAUGAUUUGUACGGCUGACUAACAUCAAUCCACUCCAGUAUAAUCCAACGUCACACUUCUUAGCAGGUCAGAGGGACUGUGCUUAGUCAGAGACCCAGAGCCCUUCAUCCUGCUCUGUUAGUUUCUCAGUUUCUGCCCUGCUCCUCCAGCUACUAGGGUUGGAGGUCAUAUUACUGGAUACAGUUCAUCACCCUUUAACGAUACGAUCCCAAACAAAAUACUGUAGGUUUUUCUUACCUCUGUUGUUGGCAAUCCGUCAUACAGUCUUUUGUAAGUUGCUACAUUAUAUUAUUAAUAUAAUAUUUGAAUGCAGUCAGCGUUAAAGUGCUACUUGGCAGCUGUAUCCUUGCCCUAGUAGUGUGUGAGUGUGUGUGUGAGUGUGUGUGUGUGUGUGAGUGUGUGAGGUGGACUGAAUUGGUGCUGUCAAGUCUGGAUAUCACUCCACACAGAGCUGUUUGAUAGAAUUUGCAGUGUUCAGUCUCUUGAGAUACUUUCCUAUUUAACAAAAGCAAUCUGUGUUGUACUGAAGGUGUUUUAACCCUUUUGUUUACCACUCGUGUUACAUCGGUGUUUGUGUUGCUGUUCAUUUAGAAAGUAUUUGAAGUGUGUCCAUUUGUACCCAUGGUAAUGGGUUCAUUUACCCAUCCUUCCUGUGCGCAGAAACUUGUUACCGCCAAGAA